AGAAAAAUUUAUCCUAUCUCCAGGGAAUAGCGUCCAGACUUUGCUCUGGGAAUGUAGCUCUCUCAGCAAAAGGGGUGGGGGUCUUGAGUGAGCUACACCUUUUUUAAAAAAUUUAAUUGUGGGUUGGCCAAUUUAAAAUAAAAGACUACUGAGUAUGGGCGGUGGCUAAUGCAGAUGAGGCUCUGUUUUUUCCUGCAAACCCACCCUCGGGGUAUUGGUGCCUUCUCCCCCUCGCUCCCGGCGGGCACGUGUAGCCUUUCACUCCAGGACCAUCAUCAUCAUCCAACCCCAAGAAGGUGGUCUCGGGGCGUCGGCGUGGGGCUCGCGGCGGAAGCGUGAGAAAGGAUCGGACCCCGGUCGGACCUUGAACCCUCGGGCAUAGGCGCGGAGUUAAAGCCUAGGCUCGGAGCGGAAGUGACGCCAGCUUCACCUGCUCGCCCUGGUGCGGGCUGGGAGAGGGAGAGGACAGCGGCACCGAGGUGUUGCUGAGCCAGGCUGGGAGCCGGACCGGCGGGAGAGUGCGGACCGGAGUGAAGACAGUCUGUGUCUGGGGCCGGGGCUGGAGCGCAGAGCCAGGGCAGUCCCCUCGCCAUGAAGCUCCUCUUGUGCGUUGCGCUCCUGUGCUGGACCGCGGACAUGGCCAGAAGUGUGACAAUAACCACUACUGAAGGGAUGUUUGAAAAAGCUAAGGGGGAAAUGGUUCAUUUGCCUUGCAAAUUUACAAUUGCCCCAGAAGACCAAGAACCACUGCACAUUGAAUGGAUUAAAUCACCAACUGAUAACCAAAAGGUUGACCAAGAGAUAAUUUUAUAUUCUGGAGGCAACAUUUAUGAUAAAUACUCUGAAGAUCUAAAAGGGCGGGUUUAUUUUACAAGCAGCGAUCCCAAAUUAGGUGAUGCAUCAAUAAAUAUAACAGAUUUACAAUUAUCAGAUAUGGGCACAUACCAAUGCAAAGUGAAAAAACUUCCUGGUGUUGCAAACAAAAAGAUGCAACUUUCUGUGCUUGUUAAGCCUUCAGGGACAAGAUGCUACAUUGAUGGAUCAUCAGAGAUUGGCAGUGAUUUUAAAAUAAGAUGUGAAUCACAAGAAGGUUCACUUCCUUUAUACUACGAAUGGCAAAGAUUGCCCACCACAGAAAAAUUUCCUGCCAUGUCAUUUUCAGACCUCAACCCAUCUAUUAUUUCUGUACGAAAUGCCACCACAGAGUACUCUGGCACAUACAGCUGUACAGUUAAAAACAGAGUUGGUGUUGAUCAAUGCCUUUUGAGGGUGAAUGUUGUUCCUCCUUCCAAUACUGCUGGUACAAUUGCUGGAGCUGUCAUAGGAACUUUGUGUGCCCUGUUGCUGCUGGGUCUUCUAAUCUUUUGCUGCUGUAAAAAACAUAAGGAGGAAAAAUAUGAAAAAGAAGUUCAUCACGAUAUCAGAGAGGAUGUUCCUCCUCCAAAGAGCCGUACAUCUACAGCCAGAAGCUACAUUGGUAGCAAUCAUUCCUCUCUGGGAUCAAUGUCCCCUUCCAACAUAGAAGGCUACUCCAAAGCUCAGUAUAACCAAGUACCAAGUGAAGACUUUGAAGUGAAGACUCCACAGAGCCCAAGUUUCCAACCCACUAAGGUCGCAGCAUCUAAUCUCAGUAGAAUGGGAGCUAUUCCUGUGAUGAUACCAGCACAAAGCAAAGAUGGGUCAAUAGUAUAGAGAAUCUCAAGCUUUGUUUCUUCAGACUUUUUUCUUCUUUGGAAAUAGGAAAAAGCUGCCAACCUAAAAAUUGCUUUUGAAGACGUAGAAUAAUUUAACCUGAACUAAUAAAAAGAUGAUCUUU